ACUCAGAAAAUCAAUUCAUCAAACAUGGCGUUCAUGAAGAGUGCUAUCCUGGUCUGUGUGACUGCGGUGCUGACGGUGUACCUACCGCAACUCUGGACCAAGACUCGUCCCAUCAUCACUGCAGGAACUGUACAGCCAGGGUUCGAACCAGUGGCCGAACUCUUCAGGGAGAACUUCAAAAAUGGAGUUGAAUAUCCAACGGCAGGUUCAGCGCUCUCGGUGUACUACAAAGGGUCAAAGGUCGUCGACAUCUGGGGAGGCUACGCGGACAGUGAGGCAGGACGGCCAUGGAAGGAGGACACUUUGACUAUUGCCUUCUCCGCUACAAAAGGUAUGGCUGCUUUGUGCAUGGCCGUUCUGGUUGACAGGGGUCACCUUGACUACAACAAGACCGUGGCAUCCUAUUGGCCAGAAUUUGCCCAGAAUGGCAAGGAGAAGGUCACUGUGCGCAUGCUCCUGAACCACCAGGCCGGUCUGUCUGAAAUCAGCGACGAGGAUACCUAUGCUCUAUUGGGGGACCAAGAUGCAUUAGGAGAUUUCUUGGCACGGUAUGCGCCCGAAUGGGAGCCGGGUACGGCUCAGAAAUACCAUGCGUGGUCCUUCGGUCUGUACGCCAGCCAGCUCUUGAGACGCGCCGACCCCAAACACAGGACACUGGGCCAGUUCUUCAAGGAAGAGAUCGCUCAACCAUUUGGCAUUGAUUUUCACAUCGGCUUCCCCUUGGAAUUGUACCACCGCUAUCCUCGGUUGUCCUGGGCCAGCGCGUUCAUGUGGUUAAAAGAGACGAUAAGCAAUCCCACGAUGCGCCAAUUCGUAUGGAACCGACUGAUUGCUGGCGAAUUGGGAGCGGCGUUUAAGCCAAUCGAGUUUCAGGAAUUCAUGAUUCCGGAGAAACUAGCCCUCGAACAGCCGUCGGCCUGUGGAGUGGGAACGGCCCGUGCUCUGGCUCAAGUCUACGGAAUAUUAGCCAAUGGUGGAGCCACGUUGAAGGGUCAAAAGUUACUUUCUGAGGGUAUCCUUAAAAAGGUUAUGGAUGAGGCACGAACUCCAGAUGGGGUGGCCGCAACAGGCGUAACUUUCAACCUAGGAUUCCUCGUUGAGAUGGGGGCGAAGCGGUUCGGCCACCCAGGGGCAGGGGGUCAGUACGGCGUUGCCGACCCUCAACACAGAAUCGGUAUCGGGUAUGUCUCCAGCUACAUUUCCACGGCCGGCUCCGGUGGGUAUGACGACCGCUUUGAUCCACUGAGGGAAGUGACGUACAAGUGCAUUACGAAACUGGAGGCAAAAUAACCGUCAACGAUGGUGUGGACAAACAGAUUUGUCAUGUAUGUUUGGCCGCUG